GACACUUGUUUGUUAUGAAUGAGGGAAUGAACAUCAUGCUCUUACUCAAAUGAUCGGCAAACUUCGCUCCAUGUACCAUUCGGUUUACGAACUCGAAUUAGAGAGAAUUCAACUCGAGUGGAUUCGAGUUACGCCCAAAUCGAGUAAACUCGAGUUAGUCACUCGAGUUGACCAUCACUAGUUCUUAUUAUCGAUUAUUUGUACAUCCCUAGUCCUGUAUGUGUUGUUAUGAAUGUUAGUUGUCAAUUUGUAGAUUUUAUUUGUUUUAAGGAUAUUGGAAGUAAUAUCGAUAGAGACUAAUUAUUGUUCUAAGAAAUGUGUUGAUUCUAAUCAUACGACGAAUAUUCUAAAGUAGUGAAUAAGAUGGCGAAAUCUAUUAUUUGUCGAGUAUGUCUUUUAGCAGACCCUAAAGUGAAAAAGAAAUGUUUGUCACUUUUCGAUAAACACAAUGAUUAUUUUAUAUUCGAAUUAAUUAAUUCAAUAGCAGAUGUUAAAAUACAGCGCGGUGAUACCCUACCUGCCAAAAUCUGUCCUGAUUGUUUGUUGGAACUUGACACUGUUAUAAGUUUCAAAAGAAAGUGUGAGAAUUCAAACAUUUUGCUAAAGACUUCUUUUAUAAAUAACAAGUUACCAAAUGCAUCGCAAUCAUUAUUUAUUCAGCCUUUGGAAGAAAUAAAAAAGGAAGAACCUGAAGAGGUUGCCGAAUAUCUCGAAGCGGAGUUCUUGGAUGAAAAUUAUGUUUAUCCCACAGAAAAGGAAACUUUUAAAACUGAAGUAAAUAUUGAAUUGGAACCUAUCCAUACCAAUGAAAACGAAAUUGUUGAUACCGUCACUAAAAAGAGUAGACCUAUAGAUUUAAAAUUAGAAUGUAAUGAAUGUGGAGGUUUAUUUAAAAGUAAAUGUAAAAUGAGAGUGCAUUGGAAAAAGGUGCAUAUGUACGAGUCAUUAUUCUGUCCUCUGUGUAAGCGUUCAUUUAAAUCUUACAAAGCAUAUAACCUUCAUAUGAAGAAACAAUCAAAGGCAUGUCUAACUGCAUCUAAAAUUAGUAUAGAAGGAAUUGGAAAAUCUAGGAUGUUCCACUGUAAGAAAUGUCAAUAUUCUAGUAAAAGAAUCAAAGAUCUUACCACUCAUCUGGUUGUGCACACUGGGGAGAGACCUUUUGUUUGCAAGAUAUGUUCGUUGGGAUGUUCCCAACAAAGUUCAUUGCAAGACCAUAUGGAGAGGAAACAUCAAAUCUAUAAUGUCAUAACAACCUGCCAGUAUUGUGGAAAAUUACUUAAGGGUCGUUCUAAAAUUUACAAACAUAUGUUGACACACAAAUUGGAUUAUGUGCAGUGUGAUUUAUGUAAAAAAGUGUUAAAAACCAAAAAGACUCUUAUAGAACAUUUAAGACGACAUUCCGGUAUAAAAUCAUAUACCUGUGACCAGUGUGCUAAAACAUUCUGUGCGCUAUCUGAAUUGUGUAACCACAGACGUGUUAUUCAUGAGAAAGGUAAACAUAUUUAUCCAUGCGACAUUUGUGGUUAUAAAGCUUAUUCAACAUCUGUAUUAAAGCGACACAAAGCUAGACAUACAGAGAGUAAUGUGCCUUGUUUAGAAUGUGGGAUGUUUCUAGGGAAUGAACAAAAAUUGGCAGAACAUAAAAAGCGACAUAUUUCUGCAGAGCGGAAGUAUCCUUGUCCUCAUUGUGAGAAGAGAUAUAUGAAUAGAAAAUCAUUAAGCCAACAUGUAAGAGACAUACAUAAGUGCAGAUUUCUAAUGAACAAACCUGUUGUUAAACAGGAAGCUACUGAAUUUUCUGGUUUGCAAUUAAAAACAUUUGAUAAUGAUAAUAUGAUUGAAGUGGAAGUUCCACCUUAAGUCUUUUUGAUGAAGUUCAAUUUAAAAAUAUGUGAAAUUUUAUUGUGUAUUGUUAAUGUUAAAAGAUUGUGUGGUCAAAUAUGAUAUAUUAUACGUAAUAUAAAUAAACAUGUAUGUAUUUUUCCUAUAUGAAUGGAAUUAGAGCACAUUUGUAUAAUAAAGUAUUAUGUAAAGAAAGGUUAUUAAAAAUUAAUGUUUUGAGUGCAUAAUAAUACAUAACAUUCUGCUGUAAAAUAUGCCCUGGAAACCUAACCACUCUGAACUACUGUAGCAUUGUAAUGGAGAUUAUAAAAAAAAUAACUUUUCAAAAGUAAAUGUUUCAAAACAAAGGCGAUUUUAUUUUAUUUAAGUACUUGUAUUAUUUUAAUAUAAAGUAAACCUUUUUUCUCUUGUAAGAUAAAAUGUUUUAAGUUUUAUUUCAAAACUUAAUACUGAUAAGUGGGUAAAGGUAGCUACAAAUUUUAGUGAGGCU